GGGUCUUAGGGUGGACGGCGGCUGUGCAGCACCUUGAAGGGGCUUGGCAGGCGACAGGAGGCAGGCUGCCUGGACCUUGAUGAGGUGCGGGAAGAUGAAGCCACGCUGUUUGGGGCAAGUCCGGUUCCCCCGCCCCCACCCCAGGCAUUACCUGGAGUGCGUACGUUUAGGGGCCCAGAGCCGCAGCUGAUGGAUAUCUGAAGAGUUGCCAUGUCUGGGAAUCCUGCCUCUUCCUCAGAACAGAACAACAAUAGCUAUGAAACCAAAGCGAGUCUCCGAAUGUCAGAGAAGAAAUGUUCAUGGGCGUCUUACAUGACAAACUCUCCAACCCUCAUCGUUAUGAUUGGCUUACCAGCCCGUGGCAAAACCUACGUGUCCAAGAAACUUACACGCUACCUCAACUGGAUUGGGGUGCCCACCAAAGUGUUUAAUCUUGGGGUGUAUCGGCGGCAAGCAGUCAAGUCCUAUAAGUCCUAUGACUUCUUCCGGCAUGACAACGAGGAGGCCAUGAAGAUUCGCAAACAGUGUGCCCUGGUGGCGCUGGAAGACGUGAAGGCGUAUCUCACGGAGGAGAGCGGGCAGAUCGCGGUGUUUGAUGCUACCAAUACCACUCGAGAGAGGAGGGACUUGAUUUUGAACUUUGCCGAGGAGAAUUCCUUCAAGGUGUUCUUUGUGGAGUCCGUGUGCGAUGAUCCUGACGUCAUUGCUGCCAACAUCCUGGAGGUAAAGGUGUCAAGCCCCGACUAUCCUGAAAGGAACAGGGAGAAUGUGAUGGAUGACUUCCUAAAGAGGAUUGAGUGCUACAAAGUCACCUAUCAACCCCUUGACCCAGACAGCCAUGACAAGGAUCUUUCUUUCAUCAAGGUGAUAAACGUGGGCCAGCGAUUUCUCGUGAACAAAGUCCAGGACUACAUCCAGAGCAAGAUUGUCUACUACCUCAUGAAUAUCCACGUCCACCCUCGUACCAUCUACCUUUGCCGGCAUGGAGAGAGCGAGUUCAACCUCUUGGGGAAGAUUGGGGGUGACUCAGGCCUCUCAGUGCGAGGGAAACAGUUUGCCCAGGCUCUAAGGAAGUUUCUGGAGGAACAGGAGAUAGCAGACCUCAAAGUGUGGACAAGCCAGUUGAAGAGAACUAUCCAGACCGCGGAAUCUCUGGGGGUGACCUACGAGCAGUGGAAGAUUCUGAAUGAGAUUGAUGCUGGUGUGUGCGAGGAGAUGACUUAUGCGGAGAUUCAGGAGCAGUACCCGGACGAGUUUGCGCUUCGAGAUGAAGAGAAAUAUCUGUACCGAUAUCCUGGAGGGGAGUCGUACCAGGACCUGGUGCAGCGGUUGGAGCCGGUCAUCAUGGAGCUGGAGCGCCAGGGCAAUGUCCUCGUCAUCUCCCACCAAGCUGUCAUGCGCUGCCUCCUGGCCUACUUCUUGGACAAGGGCGCAGAUGAGCUACCAUACCUGAGGUGCCCUCUCCAUACCAUCUUCAAACUUACUCCCGUGGCCUACGGGUGCAAAGUGGAAACAAUUAAACUCAACGUGGAGGCUGUGAACACUCACCGUGACAAGCCAACUAACAACUUUCCCAAGAGCCAAACCCCUGUAAGGAUGAGAAGGAACAGCUUUACGCCUCUGUCCAGUUCGAAUACAAUCAGGCGUCCAAGAAAUUACAGUGUUGGGAGCCGGCCCCUCCAGCCCCUCAGCCCACUCCGUGCCCUGGACACGCAAGAAGGGGCCGACCAGCCGAAGACCCAAGUCAGCAUCCCGGUGGCGUAACCGUGUGUCUCCCUCCCAUCCUGGCCCCCUGCCCUUGUCACUAAUCACCGAGGAGUCAUAUCGCCUCCAGCCCCCACACCCCCUCCCGGCCCCACACCGUGAAUCUCAGCAAAGAAUGUGAGGUCACGUGUUUCCAGACCAACCUUAGCUAGUCUGCGGUGUGAGUCUUCCUGCCCGGGGGCAAGCUUGCGAGCUGGGUGUUUCUGGACAGGUUGGGGCGGUUUGGAGGAGGAGGAGAAGGGCUCCCCUCUCCUGGGGUGACUGGCGCAGCUGGGGCUGAGGCUGAGCAUGCCAUAUUCCUGUCCAUCCACAGUGUCUAUAAACUCAGUCUUGUCCUUGUGUUGGUAAAGUGGGGACAGGGUGGAGGGGGACCCAGAAGCCCCUUUCCCCUCCGCCUUUGUCUCCCCGAGGUGUGCUCCCCUCACUGUCCGUGCCCGCCUGCCCUCUUCCCCCUUCUCACGUCCCCUUUGGGUUGUCUGGUGUGACACGUGGCCUCGUUGUAUGUCUGUUGAGGACGGGAGGGGUGGUGGGUGCGAGGGGAGUCUGGCCUCUGUUGCUGUUCUCUGCAGUGGGCCUUGGUGGAUCUGGCCUGGGGGAGCCUUUCUUUCCCUUCUCCCUUCCUCUGAAGUCAGGUCCUGCAGGGGUCAGCCCAGGCUACAGAACAUCCACAGAUGCUCUGAAGCCUGUAGGGGGACAGGAUGAGAAUUCUUGUCCCCUUUCAUGAGAAGCAAUCCCGAAGUCUCCAGUGCCCUGAGGGAAGCUGGUUCUCGGUCUGUGGGAAAUACCUUGGUUUGUCCUUUUCAGACGUAGGUGUCUAGGCUGCAGCGGGGUGAGGUUUAGGAGAGUAGACUGGUCUCUAGCUCUUGCAGGGCCCUUGGACGGCAGGUAUCCCUUUUCUCCAGUGGCUCCCAGCUUCUUUGCCAACCACAGGAACUUUCCUGCCAAAGCCAGUGACCUCUGUCUGGGACUGUUCAGAAGGACAGAGUUAGAUUCAGGAGUCAUUGCUGAGGUUUGAAUUGCUCAAGGGAAAGGCAGAGAAGGGUUCACUAGAGCUGCUUGCUGUUUUUUAGUAAUAUUCAACACUAUUCCUUUAUUUAACUUAAAAAGGAAUAUUCAAUAUUGAAUAUCAGUUUUUAAGUUAAAAAAAAAAUUUCAUAUGAACAAAUUUCCCCCAAAUGUUGGGAAAACCUAGUGUUAAAUUUAAUCUCUCUCACUAAAGGUACUGUUUUAUUUCAUCUUGAUGUCCAGAGGAGUCUUGGAAUCCAGUGGGAUCUAGCUCUUACUAUUUACCUUAUCAUUUUAUUUUCUCUGCAGGGUUAAACUGGAAAUGCUUAGAGUAGUGAUUCUUAGCUCUUUGGUGGCCUGCAAUGACAUACCCCCCACCGAUUUUGUAUACAAAAUAUGUGAAUACAUGUAUGUGUAUUUAUCUGAAAGGCAAGUCUAGGUUUCUCAUGAGAUUUUUAAAAGAGAGAGAGAGGACUCCCCACCUCAAAGUUAUCAAUCUGUCUCUUAGAGGUGACCAGUGACAGUUAGCUAUUUGCCAGGGGUGUUCUUAUUUGGUAAUAGGAGACCUUUGAUAGCAUCACUGACUCAAUGGACGUGAAUUUGAGCAAACUCCAGGACACAGGGGAGGACAGGGAAGCCUGGCGUGCUGCAGUCCCUGGGGUUGUAGUCGGACAUGACUGAGUGUCUGACCAGCAGGAGACCUUUUGUUGCGCUUUUCAUCUAGGAGUAUUCAUAAGAAUCCCCUAUAGAGCCUGUGAAACAUACUCAUGCCUGGAUCCACUCUGGGCUUAAUUCUGACUCUGUCUCAAGGAUUAGGGUCUUUAAAUAGCUUCUCUGAUGAUUCUGAAUCACACUCCAUUUUAUGAUGUUGGUUGGAGAAACACUGGGGCGAUGGUUCCUUGGACAAAGCGUCAACUGAGGAAUUCUGAAUUUCUCAUAGUUCUGAAAGAACAGUUCCCUGGAGUUAGCUGUGUGAGCUGAUCACAGUAUUAAAUGAAGUCAGCCCUUCAUUGUUACUUCAGGCAGCAGCCUGUUGAGCUUUUACCCUUUACGUCGCAGGGCGAUGGGGAACAGAUCCCUACAUCAUAUGGAUGACCUGGGAUAGCAGCUGAGAGUUUCAAGCACACUGGGGAGAAGCACUGAGAUGAAGCUUGUGGGAUGGUAAGGGUUAUCAUCACAGGCAGCUGGCUUGUGACCUUGAGUCCUUUUUUCCUACAUCCUAAGUUGGUCAGACAUCACAGCCAGUUUUCAGAGGCCACUUGCCUAGAUUCUGCUCGAAAUUGCCUUCCAGACAUAAGAUAACCUGCUCUUCCUGUUGAGGCAUUAUGUAAUGUGUUCUUGGUGUCCAUGUUUGUGGAGUUUUGGGCUGGGUGGCUGGUGGUGGAGGAAGGAGACACAGAAACAGGAGAAAAAGUCCUUGUCCUGGAGAAGGUUAUUUUAGAGAAUGGGCAUGUAAUUUAUAAGUGAACAGUUGUGGAAGAGCCACACACUGAGUCUAUGAAUGUGGGUGUCGAAGUGGAGUAGAGAGUUCCUUCUGCCUUUUCUCUUGUCCUGCGCUUAUGAGACAAAGGGUCGGGAGCUGGGACUGUCCCCCAGGAUGAUGUGGUCUGGGAGAUGCGUGUGGCACUUUUGCAAGGCUGCCUUGUCUAGCUUUGCUUGGCUGGUGGCAUCUUUAGCCCAAAUGGGCAUUCGGUCUUUUCUGAUGCUGUGAGGUGAGAGUGAUUCAGAGCUACUGCAUGAGAAAGAGCAUUUUGAUCCCCAGCUGGCUUUGGGCUGUUUGUACUCUUAGUGAGAAGAGAAUUUCCUAACAAACCAGCAUCAUGUUACCCUGUUACAAACCCCUGUGUUAGAUGCGGGGCACUGGGGCGUUCACUGGGCCCUCGGCCUGCUGAUAUCUCGCCACUCUCCCCAUGUGCCAGUUUGCUUCCCCAAGAAGAGAAGCCAGAGGUGGGCUCAGCCUCAUAAUGGACACCGGAAAUUAGAACUUGACAACGGCAAGGAUGUCAGCACCCUUCGGUUUUUAGAGCAAGAUCCCUCCAGAGAAGCUUUAGCAGGGAGAAGUCAGGAGAGCGUAGAAUGGAAUAGAGCUUUUACUCCACGUAUUAAGAGAAAUUCUGUUCCCUGUCUUUUCUUUCCUGUCCUCCUCUCCUCUUCUGACCUGAGUGUGUGCUGUGCUGUGCUUAGUCGCUCAGUCGUGUCCAACUC